AUGGUCAGCACAAGAUUCCAAGGUCAAGAAUUAGUACCCUUUGAUCCUGAGAUAGAAAAAACGUUCCGAGAGCUCUGUCACAUCAACCAACAAGCAUUUGAUACUGAUUUAGAGUCUGACACAGAGUCAAUGGCAGCCAACACUAAGCCCUUGAAGGAGUAUUCACAGCCCACAAUUUUAGAAGAGCCUUCAUGUAUCACAUUUCCUGAAAUUGAUGAUGUUUCGUUUGAGCUGAAAUCCGGUACCAUUGGUCUUCUUCCUUCGUUCUAUGGUAAAUCAAAUGAAGAUCCCAACAUUCAUAUUAAGGAUUUUUACAUAGCUUGUGGUACGGUUCAUAUCAAGGGAGUUUCACAAGAAAUAGUGCGUCUGAGAUUGUUCCCCUUCACUCUCAAAGACAAGGCCAAGUCAUGGUUCACCUCUCUUCCUGCUGGAUCCAUCACGUCAUGGGAAGAACUUGCUCAAAAAUUCAUGCUGAAAUUUUUCCCUGCCACAAAAACAUUGCUACUUAGGAAGGAAAUCACGAACUUUGAACAAAAGCCUCAAGAAUCUUUUCAUGAGUGCUGGGAGCGAUUUUGUGAUCUACUACAACAAUGUCCUCAUCAUGGAGUGGAAACUUGGAUGCAAAUGCAGAUCUUUUACCAAGGACUAACCUCAGCCAGUAGAAACAAUGUUGAUGCGGCGUGUGGAGGAGCUCUGAGUGAGAAAGAUCCUAAGGAGUGCUUCAAAACUUUUGAGAGAGUUGCUGCCAAUUCUAUGCAAUGGGGCGAUGACAGAUUCACAAGGAAGAUUACUGUGCAUAGUGUCGAUACAAAUCCUGGAUUCGCUUCAGCAUCUCAAGUAUCCAACUUGGAAAAGAAGCUUGAAAAUUUCAUGCAGUCAAUGACCAAAUUUGUUUCUCCUUCCUCUGUGUGUGCUAUUUGCUCUGAUAAUUCUCAUCCAACUAAUAAUUGCCCUUUGAGUGAUCUUACGCAGGAGCAGGCUAAUCAAAUAAAUUCAUUUCAAAAGCCACGACAUGAUCCCUACUCCAACACGUAUAACCCGGGAUGGAAGAACCACCCCAAUUUCUCAUGGAGCAACAACAAUCCGUCUGAGCAGCGCAUUUAUCCUCAGCAAAAACCUGUCAAUCCGAAUGAACCAAGAGAACCAACUUUGAAGGAGAUUAUGACUCAAUUUAUUCAGACUCAACAACAAACAAACAAUAACCUUCAAGCUGGUUAUCAAAAUUGUCAUGCUGCAAUUCAGAAAUUGGAAGUCCAAGUGAGCCAGAUUGCAAACAUAGUCAAUGAGAGGGAGAAAGGCAAGUUACCUAGCCAACCUGAAAUCAAUCCAAGAGGCCAGGAGCACAUUAAGGCGAUAAAAACAUUAAGGAGUGGGCGAACUUAUGAGGCUAGACCUGAAGAUGUUUCUAAGGCUGAAACAGAGGGAAAACAAGCUGCUGAAAUGGAGUUAGACGUGGAAGACAUGAAUACACUUCAGCCACACCCUGUCCCUGCCACAACGGAUGUUACAGAGGCCCCAACAGCAGCUAUUGAGCCUACCAAAGAACCUACAGCAGCUGCCCCUUCCAAGGAGAGAAUAUAUAUGCCUCAAGUUCCUUUUCCGCAAAGACUACAGAAGCACAAGAGAGAUCAACAAACAAUGGAUAUUCUGGAAUUGUUUAGAAAUGUUCAAAUAAAUAUUCCAUUGUUGGAUGCAGUGAAGCAAAUCCCAGCUUAUGCUAAGUUCCUCAAGGAUGUUUGCACAAACAAGCGAAAGUUUGCUACACAUGAGAAAGUGAUGUUGUCCGAGGAAUGCAGUGCAGUUCUCCUUAAGAAAUUGCCACCAAAACUUAAGGAUCCAGGGAGUUUUACAAUUUCUUGCAUUAUUGGAAAUUUACAUAUUGAAAAGGCUUUAAUUGAUUUGGGUGCAAGUAUUAACUUAAUGCCUUAUUCUGUAUUUCAGCAGCUAGGCAUUGGAGAGAUCAAACCAACUUCUGUGAGCUUGCAACUGGCUGAUAGGUCUAUCAAAUAUCCACUUGGAAUCGUUGAAGAUAUACUAAUCAAAGUGGAUCAAUUUGUUCUUCCAGCAGAUUUUAUCAUCCUUGACAUGGAGGAAGACAGAGAAGUUCCCAUCAUUAUGGGACGUCCUUUUAUGGCUACUGCUGGCACCAUUAUUGAUGUGAAGAAAGGUUUAUUGUCUAUGACUGUGCAAGGCCAAACUGUUGAGUUCAAGGUGUUUGAAGCCAUUAAGAAACCUGUGGAGAUGGAUGAGUGUUUUUGUGUAGAUGUCGUUGAUACUAUUGCCCACACCACUUUCCUAGCUAAUGUAAACGAGGAUGAACUUCUCACAUGCCUAGCUAACCCGGAGCUAAGAUCAGAUUCUAAUGAGGCCCAACACCUUGUAGCAGCUUUGGAUUCGACACCUAUUCAGUUCCCAAGGUGGCGUCACACAUAUGAGCCACUAGGGACACCUAGCGCUCCUAUCUUGCCUUCCGUUGAGAUACCUCCAAAGCUGGAGCUCAAGCCAUUGCCUGAACACUUGAAAUAUGCCUUUCUGGGAGAAUCCGAUACACUUCCUGUGAUCAUUGCUUCUGAUUUGACUGUUACCGAGGAAGAAAAGCUUUUGCGGGUUUUGAGAGAGUACAAAACAGCUUUAGGAUGGACCAUAGCUGACAUUAAAGGCAUUAGUCCAUCCAUGUGCAUGCAUCGAAUUUUACUAGAGGAUGGUUCUAAGGCUACCAUUGAUGCGCAAAGAAGAUUGAAUCCUAACAUGAAGGAGGUAGUCCGAGGUGAAGUUUUAAAACUUCUUGAUGUAGGUGUGAUCUAUCCCAUCUCUGACAGCAAGUGGGUUAGUCCAGUUCAAGUCGUCCCCAAGAAGUCUGGAAUCACAGUGGUUCAGAAUGAAAACAAUGAACUCGUGCCUACAAGAAUGACCACAGGAUGGAGAGUCUGUAUAGACUACAGGAAGUUGAAUUCAUCUACUAGAAAAGAUCAUUUUCCCUUGCCUUUUAUUGAUCAAAUGUUAGAAAGAUUAGCUGGUCACUCACAUUACUGUUUUCUUGAUGGCUAUUCAGGUUAUAAUCAGAUUCCCAUUGCCCCUGAGGAUCAAGAGAAGACGACAUUUACCUGCCCCUUUGGGACGUUUGCUUAUAGGAGGAUGCCUUUUGGCUUGUGCAACGCACCUGCGACCUUUCAACGAUGCAUGAUGAGUAUAUUCUCUGAUAUGGUUGAGAGAAUAAUUGAGGUUUUUAUGGAUGAUUUUUCUGUUUUUGGAGAUUCAUUUGAUACUUGUCUGUUUAACCUCAAACUUGUUAAAGGCAUUUCUGUUGAUAAAGCAAAGAUAGACAUCAUUGCUAAAUUGCCGCCACCAACCUCAGUGAAGGGUGUGAGAUCUUUUCUUGGCCAUGCCGGGUUCUACAGGCGUUUCAUCAAGGACUUCUCCAAAAUCAGUCGUCCCUUGUGCAACCUGCUCGCCAAAGACGCCAUUUUUGAGUUUGAUGAUUCAUGUUUACUUGCUUUUAACAAUUUAAAAAAGCUUCUUACUUCUGCUCCUAUUAUCACAGCUCCAGAUUGGAGUUUCCCUUUUGAACUGAUGUGUGAUGCUUCUGACUAUGCAAUAGGUGCUGUUCUUGGUCAACGAAAGGAAAAGCUUUUACACGUGAUUCAUUAUGCAAGUAGAACAUUGAAUGAUGCACAACUCAAUUACUCAACCACUGAGAAGGAAUUGCUUGCCAUAAUCUUUGCUUUGGAGAAGUUUAGAUCUUAUCUUGUUGGAUCUAAAGUCAUAGUGUAUUCUGACCAUGCUGCUCUGAAGUACCUAAUGACAAAGAAGGAUGCCAAACCCAGACUCAUUCGAUGGAUUUUGUUGCUACAAGAGUUUGACUUAGAGAUUCGAGACAAGAAAGGCUCCGAAAAUGUGGUAGCAGAUCACUUGUCAAGGCUCACACCGAGCCACAAAGAGGAAGUGUUGCCCCUGAAUGAGUCAUUUCCGGAUGAACAACUAUUUUCUGUACAGCAUGGAGUCCCCUGGUAUGCAGACAUUGUGAAUUAUUUGGUUAGUGGAAUUAUUCCAGCUGAUUCUAACUCUCAGCAAAAGAAGAAGUUCCUGUCCAUGGUCAAAUUUUAUUUUUGGGAUGAACCAUACUUGUAUAAGCAUUGCCCUGAUCAAAUUAUCCGAAGAUGUUUACCGGAGAAUGAGCAACAGACUUGUGAUCGAUGUCAAAGAGUUGGUAAUAUUUCCAAAAAGAAUGAGAUGCCACUUCAAAGUAUUCUUGUGGUUGAACUCUUUGAUGUCUGGGGUAUUGACUUUAUGGGCCCUUUUCCGUCAUCCUGUAGCAACAAAUAUAUAUUAGUGGCUGUAGAUUAUGUGUCAAAAUGGGUUGAAGCUAUGGCGUGUCCCACUGCUGAUGCUGCUGUUGUUAUGCGUUUUCUAAAAGGAUUCAUCUUCUCACGGUUUGGCAUUCCAAGAGUGAUCAUCAGUGAUGGAGGGAAGCACUUCAUCAACAGAGCAUUUGACAAGCUUAUGGCUAAAUAUCAUAUCCAUCAUAGAGUCUCUACACCUUAUCAUCCUCAGACCAGUGGCCAAGUUGAGGUUUCUAAUAGAGAAAUCAAGAGAAUCUUAGAGAAAACAGUCAGUGCUUCAAGGAAGGAUUGGUCUCUGCAGCUAAACGAUGCAUUGUGGGCUUAUCGGACAGCUUACAAAACACCUAUAGGCAUGUCACCAUUUCGAUUGGUGUAUGGGAAAGCAUGCCACUUGCCUAUGGAGUUGGAACAUAAAGCAUAUUGGGCUAUCAAGAAGCUCAAUUUUGACAUACAGGCUGCUGGUGUGAAACGGAAGCUACAACUUAAUGAACUCGAGGAGCUAAGACAUGAGGCUUAUGAGAAUGCAAGGAUAUAUAAAGAAAAGACCAAAAAGUUGCAUGAUCAAGCUAUUUCCAGGAAGACAUUCGUGACGGGAGAGAAAGUGUUACUUUAUAACUCCAAACUUCGACUCUUUCCAGGCAAAUUGCGUUCAAGAUGGACAGGCCCCUUCCUCGUCACUCAAGUUUCUCCUCAUGGUGCUGUAGAGAUUCAGAAUAUGUCAACUGGGACCCAAUUCAAAGUGAAUGGUCAUCGCCUCAAGCAUUAUCUAGAAUCUCACUUUGAUCCUCAAGAGGUGGUGUCAUUCUUUGACACCAUUCCAUCACCAUGUUCCUGA